ACGCAAAUCUUUGUUUACAAAUUUUCGCGCCUUCAGUUGUUUUCAUUUUUUCAUUUGGUUUUGUAAACAAUUUUGCAAUUAAGAAUGAAAUAUGACCCCCGCGAUUGGUAAAAAGUAGCCAGUCCAAUCAUGUCCAGAAAUAAAAAUAUAAGAACACGAGAAAAUACUGCCAUACCAAAUGAAGAACAACAAAGAAAACGACAAAAAUUCGAGCGGACUAUAAUUGAACCCAGCGAAUCUGUGCUAUGGCCAGAAACAGAUGAUAGCUUUUUUUCAGAUGUUAAAUUGGAUACAAUUUUAAAUACGCACCGGCAACAAGGCGCCAACAAACCAGCCGAUUUGAAAAAUAAUGAUAGUUUUUUCAAUAAUGACAAUAGUUUAUUUAGUGAUAUUGUGUUGCCGCAUGAAUCCGAAGGUGUACACAGCAAUGUGGGAGGUACACCAAUCAAUCCCAUACUGCCCACAUCGGAUACAGGCAUUUUGGGUGAUGAUACACUCUUUUCUGAAAUUGAUGUUGAUCAGAUAGUGGCAGGGGAAAAUUACAAAGCAGAUGAUAACUCCGAGAGGCAAGUGCAGCCCGGCAACUCCAAAACUAUGAAGGAAGCGGAUAUAUUCGAAAAUGAUGAUUUCCCCCUUGAAGAGCUAUUAAUGCAAGGGACCCAAAAAUUCUUGGCAGAUGUAGCUUUUAAAGUGCCCAAACCUCCGGACGGUGGUGGCAACAACAAUUGUAAGACACAAACAAAUGUUGAUUGUUACAUGGCAGGUACCCAGUAUGAAACUAGGCAAGAAAUACAAAAUCGCACCUUAAAUCCAGAGCAACAGGGACACAGGCUCAACACGGAACUUAGGCAUAUUAAUCGGGACGCGGAGGAUGAGAACUUUGGCGAACAACCCUUGGAAGAUUUUCCAUGUAUGGGGGAUUUUUAUGGUCUUCCGGAUAGAGUGAAACGCAUGAUUUUUGAAACCAAGGGAAUUAAAACAUUGUAUGAAUGGCAGGAUGAAUGCCUUAACUUAUCGGCAAUAAGGCAACGUAAAAAUCUUAUUUAUGCCUUGCCCACCAGUGGUGGUAAAACCUUAGUUGCCGAAAUUUUAAUGUUGCGCGAGGUUAUAUGCCGAGAAAAGAAUGUCCUGUUUAUAUUGCCCUAUGUGUCCAUAGUGCAGGAAAAAGUUAGUGCAAUGUCGCCCUUUGCCAUUGCCUUGGAUUUUAUUGUGGAUGAAUAUACGGCCGGCAAGGGCAAAUGUCCUCCGGUGCCAAGGAAAAAACGUAAAAGCAUUUAUAUAGCCUCCAUAGAAAAGGGUGCCGUAUUGUUUGACAGUCUCAUUGAAGCGGAAAGGGCCAAUGAAAUUGGUUUAGUUGUUGUCGAUGAAUUGCAUUUGAUUGGCGAACGGGGCCGGGGUGCCUACUUAGAAGCUCUGCUCACCAAAGUUAUGUAUUUAAACGCAAAAAUACAAAUUGUUGGCAUGAGCGCCACCAUUGGAAAUCUCUCGGAAAUAUCAACAUUCCUAAAUGCUGAUGUUUACACGCGCGGCUUUCGUCCAGUCGAAUUAAAGGAAUACAUUAAAUGUGGUCGUGAUAUUUUACAAAUAAAUUUACAAGGACAAACUUUAGAGGAAAUUUUCGUAUUUAGUCGUAGUGUUAAUUUUAAUUAUAGCGAAGCUGUUUUACGUUCGGAUCCCGAUCAUUUGGCUGGUUUGGUAACGGAAUGUGCUCCGAAAAACGGCUGUCUGAUAUUUUGUUCAUCGCGGAAAAAUUGUGAAAAUGUAGCCACGCUUCUAAGUCGGGUGUUGCCAAAGUCGAAAUUUCUGGAAUAUCGUAAAAGUGAAAAAGCCGAUCUAAUGGAUGCUCUCGAUAAAGUGUGCGGCAUACUGAGUCCUGUUUUGGCGCGUACCAUACCCUACGGCGUGGCCUAUCAUCAUUCGGGCCUGACAACCGAUGAACGAAAAUUUAUUGAGACAGCGUAUCGUUUUGGAGUUUUAAGUGUUAUCUGUUGCACGUCCACACUUGCAGCUGGGGUCAAUUUACCCGCCAAACGGGUAAUAAUACGGGCCCCAUAUGUUGGCAGCGAAUUCAUGACGCUGUGCAAAUACAAACAAAUGAUUGGAAGGGCUGGUCGGGCCGGUAUGGGCGAGGCAGGUGAAAGUAUCCUAAUAACCUCCAGCCGUGAUAAUGUACGAGUGGGUGAGAUGCUCUUCUCACCAAUGGACAAGGCCAUUAGCUCAUUGGAUUAUGAUGGGAAAAUUGGUUUGCAGUCUCUUAUUCUAAGUGCAAUUGGCAUGGGAAUGGCCUCAUGUCGCGCCGACUUACAUCGUUUAGUAAAGGGCACUUUGUUGGCGGUGCAGGCCACCCAACUGGGUGUCUCAGUUACAUCCAUGGUCAAGGAAAUACUCUGUGAAAUGUUUAAAAAUAAAGUUCUGCAAUUGGCCAACAAUAGUAGCGAUGCCAAAAAGGAUGUCUCCGAUAUAAUGAUAACACAGGAUUUGAUCAACAAAUCGAACAGUCAUCAGUUACCGGAACGUACCAUUAAACUACACAACAACACCCGUUUCCAGUUGACCACAAUUGGUAGGGCUGCCUUUAAGGCUGGCAUUGAUUACAAACGUGCCUAUGCCAUACACAAUGAACUGGCCACCGCCCAAAAACAAUUGAUAUUAACAAACUAUGCCCACAUCCUGUAUUUGGUGGUUUCCUUUAAUUCCAAUGCCAAUGGUGAUGAACUGUUUCCGGCCGAUCCCACAAUACUUUUUCAUUGCUAUGAAAAAUUGGAAGAGCCCACACAACGUCUGUUCAAACAGCUGGGCUUUACGGAGGCCCAUGCCGCCAAAAUGGCCAAGACCAUGUCAAUUCAAGGACCCAUGGAAUUGAAAUUAAAUCGUCUGUACAAAGUGCUAAUCCUUCAGGAUUUUCUCAAUUUAAUACCCAUACCCAGUGUGGCUAACAAAUAUAAUAUCGAACGUGGCACAUUGCAAAAUCUCACGAGUCAGGCGACGGCAGCAGCCAGUGCCAUUGUACGUCUGUGUGAUCAAAUGGAAGAAUUUUGGUGUUUCAAAAAUCUAUUCGAAAGGGUGGGUAAGAAAAUGGAUAGAUGUGGUACCGUGGAAUUGGAGCCGCUGUUGGAGUUGCCUGCAGUGAAAAUGAAUCGGGCCAAGCAAUUGUACGCAGCUGGCUACAAAACAAUUGAGGAUAUUGCCAAAUGUCGCCCAAUGCAGUUGGUGAAAUCUGUGGAGCACAUGCCAUUGAGGAUAGCUAAGGAAAUUAUAUCAGCAGCCAAGAUAAUACUAAUGAAAAAGCUUGAUCAUUUGGAAGAAGAGACUGAAGCUAUCAAAGUGUGUCUCAAGCCCGGCAAUGAUAAUCUCAGUGAGGAAAUACAGGUCUAGUUUGGCGUUGAAUACAAAUAUUUGGGUUCCGACCAAACACACAAAUUAUUAAAAAUAUUAUGCGUUCCUAGUUUGACAGAAUUUUGUUGUUAUUUCUUUAAGUAUUUUUCCUGAUAAUUAAAUACAAUUAACAUUCCUUA